ACAAUGUGUCCAGGUAAGAGGGGCUCAGCUCCUGGACCCCCAUCAAUCACACAGGGAGCAGGAGGUAUGACUGGCCAGGAUGGAAUUUUCCUAGUGAAAUGAACCGCGCGGGGGCACCAGAGAGCUGAGAGAGGCCAUGAGAAGGUUCUGGUAUUCCCAGACACAGCAUAAUACCCCCUGGCUGCAAGACUAGGGCAGCUAGACAGCUACACAGCACUCACCUGGAGAACACUGACAGCCAGCACUUACCUGGAGAACACUGACAGCCAUCCAGCAUUCACCUGGAGAACACUGACAGCCAGCACUUACCUGGAGAACACUGACAGCCAGACAGCAUUCACCUGAAGAACCCUGACAGCCAUCCAGCAUUCACCUGGAGAACACACUGACAGACAGACAGCAUUCACCUGGAGAACACUGACAGCCAUCCAGCAUUCACCUGGAAAACACUGACAGCCAGACAGCACUCACCUAGAGCACACUGACAGCCACACUUACCUGGAGAACACUGACAGACAGACAGCACUCACCUGGAGAACACUGACAGACAGACAGCACUCACCUGGAGAACACUGACAGCCAGCACUCACCUGGAGAACACUGACAGCCAGCACUCACCUGGAGAACCCUGACAGCCAGACAGCACUCACCUAGAGCACACUGACAGACAGCACUUACCUGGAGAACACUGACAGCCAGCACUCACCUGGAGAACCCUGACAGACAGACAGCACUCACCUGGAGAACACUGACAGCCAGACAGCACUCACCUGGAGAACACUGACAGCCAGACAGCACUCACCUAGAGCACAGUGACAGACUGCACUCACCUGGAGAACACUGACAGACAGGCAAUACUCACACUGAAUCCCAGAGCUCCCCACCUCUGCCUCUUAUCCUGACUCCCAGAGCUCCCCACCUCUGCCUCUUAUCCUGACUCCCAGAGCUCCCCAUCCCUGCCUCUCAUCCCAUUCUUGCUUCUCAUCCUGAAUCCUAGAGCUCCCCAUCUCUGACUCUCAUCCUGAAUCCCAGAGCUCCCCAUCCCUAAAUCUUAUCCUGAAUCCCAGAGCUCCCCAUCCCUGCCUCUCAUCCUGAAUUCCAGAGCUCCCCAUCCCUUACCCUCACCCUGAAUCCCAGAGCUUUCUAUCCCUGACUCAUUUAACCCCAGGGCUCCCCAUCCUUACUUCUCACCCUAAAGCCCAGAGCUCCCAAUCCCUGACUCACACCCUGAGUCCUAGAGCUCCCCAUCCCUGACUCUCACCCUGAAUCCCAGAUCUCUAUAUCGCUGCCUCUCAUCCUGAAUCCCAGAGUUACCUAUCACUUUCACCCUUAAUCCCAGAGCUCCCCAUCCCUGCCUCUCGUCCUGAAUCCCAGAGCUCCCCAUCCCUGCCUCUCAUCCUGAAUCCCAAAGCUCCCCAUCCCUCCCUCUUCCUAUGACAGAGGUAUUUCCUGUUUGGGAUGCUGGAUUGAUAUUCGGGCUGAUUGACUGGUGAAGCUUUAACAGCCGCACCGUUACCUCACACAGGCUGCUCUACUGGGCCAAUAGUCAUCGUUAACAGACACCCUGUGCCAGUAACAGACGAAUAUGUUAAUGCAGCUGGCUUCAUCUGAGCUUGCACACUACACCAGGAGACUGAUCCAAAGCUGGCGACUUUCUCAUUGCCAGACUGUAGAAUUUGUCAGGAAAAAUGCUGCCAAUUUUCUGUCACUGUCCAACCUUCUCAUGGGGCUUACAUCCAUACUGUGUACGCUGAAUGGGUUUGGCCAAUGGGCAUGCUGGCUGCUUCUGGUAGGUUUCAUGCUGGAUUUGGCAGAUGGAGCUGUCGCAAGGCAAUUCAACGCGUGUUCUGCUUUGGGUGCGAAACUAGAUGACUUUGCAGACUUCACAUCGUUCGGGGUGGCGACUGCGUUGCUGCUGCACACACACAGCAUCGUAGACGGAUUCCUGGUCAUUGUUUACGCUCUGGCUGUAUUCGUGCGUCUCUGCUUCUUUACAAGUGAAAUUCCCUUCAUUUACCGAGGACUUCCUUGUACCUACGCGUCCGCCAUCUUGGCGUGCACGUCUCUGCUGACCGGAAGUCAUUUAGUUGUCUUGCGUGUAGUCUCUGUCAUAAUGAUCCUCUUUAUGGUUGACCAAGGUUUCUAUCCCCACGACAAGAUCCUGGAGUCUCAAUUGUGGAAAAAGAUGGUCUUCAUAGGAGGCAUACUGAUUAUGUUCUGCGCCUUCUCCCCGCUGGCCUGCUUAUACCACCUUGCCUGGUCCAUUUCCUACGUCCUGUUUGCAGAUACAUUAUGGAACCUUAAGGUCUAAUGUUACGUUUCAUAGUGAGGAGUAUUUAGGUCCAUUUCCUACUUGCGAUGCUCUGGGUGCGGAUGCCCAGCAAUGAGAUCAGUCUACUCUACAGGAAGCUUUCUGUUAGUAGAGGACAUGGCACCUCCAAAGUUCCAAGUUCAGUCUCUUCUUUGGGAAACUAAAGAGGUAGCAGAUGACAUCUCCAGCUUCACACUCCUCAAUGAAAAACACUCUUCAAGAACCUGUUUGCAGAAGGCAUCUCUGAUUUAAGUCUCCACCUUGUAACACUUUGGGUUGUAGGAGAAACCUCUGACUAAUUAAUUUAUUGGUUAAUAGAGGAACUAAGUGGGGGAGGUUAGCUCUGAGAUCAAACUCCAUCUUGCAACAUUGUGAGUGGCAGAAGAUAGGUCCGAGUUCAUUAUUCUCCUUUGAAAACAGUAGGUGGAAGAGGAAAGCUCUAAAUCCACUCCUCUCCUUUGAAAAAUUAAAGUUCUCUUGAAAUAUCACUUGGGUUAGAAUCACCGUGAUGACACACCUGUCCUGAAUUGAGCAUCUUUGUGUGAUGAUGUGGGCUACAUAGAAAUGCCAUCAGAUUAGCAGUAUUUACUAUUUAACUGCUCACAUAUAUAACCAGAAGUUGCUGAAUUAUUUUUAUGAUCAAAAUAUGAAAACAUCAAGUGAUGAGUGGUUUCAAUAUAUAAUGAUAGAUUGUGCUCAUCAGGGCUGCCAUCAGAAAUUUUGGGGGCCCUGACAAAGCACAAGGUCUGCCCCCCCCCCCCCUCCU